AUGCCUGGUGCCCUGGUGGCGCCCGGGGCCAGUGUCCCCUCCCUCGCCGUGCCCGCUGUCCCCGGUGUCUCCCAUGUGUCCCCGGUGUUCCCCGUGCCCGAUGUUCCCCCUGUGCCGUGCCCGGUGUACCCCGUGGCCGGUGUUCCCCCCGUGCCGUGCCCGGUGUCCCCGCUGUCCCCCCGCACCUCGGCGGCUCCGCUGCCCCCGCCCCGCCGCGCCACUUCCGGCCGGCGCUGCCGGCGCUCCCCCGCCGGCCAAUCACCGGGCGCGUCCGCCGCAGCCCCGCCCGGCACGGGAGCCCCCCGGCCCGGCCCGGCCCCGCCCCGCCCCGCCCCUCCCCUCCUAAGCCGCCAGCCCUGUCCCGGCCCCGCUCUCUGCGCUCCAACCCGGCCCUGCGCUCACCCCGGCCAUGACCCCGUCCAGCCGCCCCCGGGGCUUCUGGCUCCCGGCCGUGCCCGCCUGGCCCCGCCGCUUCCCAGCAGCGCCGGCCUCGCACAGCAGCACAUGGCGGCCCUGCGCACCCUCCUGCUCCUCGGGCUGCUCCUUACGGCGAGGGGGCAGAGGGCGGCGCGGAGACGGCGGCCGCCCCCUCCCCAGAGUGCGCUCGAAAAAGUGGUGGCUCAGGAGGCGCUCAGCCUCCACCAGCUCUCAGGGAAGUGGUUCCUGGUCGGCAUGGCCUCCCGCUGCAGCUACCUGGCAGAGCACAGCCACCAGCUGGAGGCCACAACAGUGACAAUGACCGUCCUGGAUGGGCAGAGCCUGGCCAUCAGCACCUUCAGGAAGCUGGACAGGAUGUGCUGGGAAAUCAGGCAGCACUACCUUCCUGCCCAGGCCCCCGGACGCUUCCUGCUGAAGGGCCAUAGGAAAAGCAGCAAAGUGGAUGUGGUGGUGGGUGAGGCUGACCCCAGCAGCUUCAUCAUUCUCUAUUACCAAAAGGGCCGCAGCAUCUCUGUUAAGCUCUAUGGACGGAACAGCCUGGUCAGUGACGCCGUCGUGGACAAGUUCGAGCAGCGCGCCAGGGCUGUGGGGCUGAGCGAGGAUGUCACCUACUACUUCCCCACCUAUGGGUUUUGUGACUCUGCAGAUGAGUUUCAUGUCCUCGAUGGGCUGGGAAACACCCCGUUCCCCUGCCCCAGCCCUGCAGAGUUCAUUCCCCGAGGGGCUGCUGUCUGCGCUGGACUCCUGCCUGCACAGCCAAGCCUGGCCAAGGCCACCCGGCAGCAGGCAGGUGCAGGGCCCCGUCCCCCCCUCCCGCAGCCCCCGCGGGGGGAGCAGCCCUCUGCCCCCAGCACCAGCAUUUUGCAAUCCUGGCGGGAACUGGUGCGGGGCAGCCGUGUCCAGCCCGGCCACCCCGCGAGCCUGACAGAGCUGGGCUGUGGUAGAUCCAGCUCAUUUUACCUGCACUCCGAAGUGGCUGCACCGGGCAGGGGGAUAAGGGAGUAA